GGUAUGGGGGGGAUGGGCUAAAACUCAACUCCGAGUUGAUGUGUAGGACUGAUCAACAGUCACUGCAAACGUUUAGUUGCAGUUAUUGCUCCACAAGGGGGUCACACCAAAUACUGAGAGCUCCAUUCACUUUCUUUUGCCACACUCAGAUCUUAUUGGAUCAUUUUUUGCUAUAAAUACACGGCCAAAUAUAAUCAUUCUUGCUUCAUUUGUUUAACUAGGUUUUCUUCAUCUACUUUUAGGAUUUGUUGAUUCUCUUAUUGAGCUGAUGCACCGCCUCCCAUUUGGCUCAAGCGCUAAUCUUCCCCCAACUGUAAUUCUCCUCUGGAACCCACACAGUCCCACUCGCUGGACAAACACAAGUGUUCAGGACAGUAAAAUCAUGGUCCUUAGAGCUCCAUUUUCUGAAAAAUUUUCCUAAAAGGUUGUUUGAACCAAACACUGAAAAUGUUCUGCCGUGUCUGUUUCUAUGCAGAUAAAUACAUUUGUACGGAAUGUGACUUUCAGAACUCCUUCCGGUGACACCAUAUUGUUCAAUGACAAAGGGGACCCCCCGGCGCAGUUUGAUGUUAUGAAGCUGUCACUGUUACCAGAUGGUCGGGUUGCAAAAGAAAAAGUUGGAAGUUUCCAUGUAUUGAGUGACGGCACCAAACUCCUUCAUAUAAAUAGCAGCGCUGAUCUGUGGGGCCCUUACUAUAAAGAGAUGCCACAAUCUCUGUGCAAUGAACCCUGUGCCCCAGGAUACAGGAAAGCUAAAAUAGAAGGGAAGCCAUCUUGUUGCUAUGACUGUGCCAAGUGUGCCGAUGGGGAAAUGUCCAAUACAACAGAUGCUCUCAGCUGCUUCAGAUGCUCUGAAUAUGAGAAGUCUAAUAAGCAGAGAACUGGCUGUGUCCCUAAAGAGAUAAACUACCUCUCCUAUACAGAUACCCUGGGGGCCAGUUUAACUUCUAUUGCUUUGGUUCUCUUCAUCACAACUUCUGUAGUUUUGGGAAUCUUUGUGAGAUAUUGGGAGACUCCUAUUGUGAGAGCCAAUAACCAAAAUCUCAGCUUCCUCCUCCUCAUCUCUCUCAUGUUGUGUUUCCUCUGCACUUUAUUAUUCAUUGGGCGCCCAACUCAGAUAUGUUGUCUCCUCCGACAAGUAACAUUUGGGAUUGUAUUUACUAUUUCUGUUUCUUCUGUGUUGGCUAAAACUCUCACAGUUAUUAUUGCCUUCAAUGCCACAAAGCCUGGGAGCAAGCUGAAGAAGUAUGUAGGAACCCAACUGGCCAUUGUAUUAGUCACUGUAUGUUGUUUGGGUGAGAUUGUAAUCUCUGCUGUAUGGUUGGCCUCCAAUCCCCCAUUUCCAAAGGCUGAUACUCUCUCUGACCCAGACUAUAUUAUUCUCCUGUGCAAUGAAGGGUCAGGCUUUUUCUUCUUCUGUAUAAUUGGAUAUAUAGGAACGUUGGCCCUACUAAGUUUCAUUGCUGCAUUUCUAGCCAAGGAUUUCCCUGACCGAUUUAAUGAGGCUAAAAACAUCACUUUCAGUAUGUUGGGGUUCUGUAGCGUGUGGGGGGCAUUUGUCCCUGCAUACCUGAGCAGUAAGGGCAGUAGAAUGGUGGCAGUUGAGAUAUUUGCCAUCUUAUCCUCCAGUGCCGGGUUAUUGGCCUGUAUAUUUGUUCCUAAAUGUUACAUUAUAUUUUUUAGACCUGAA